UCAAAUUACAUUCGAAUCAGGCCAACCGGGAAUUCAAAUUACAAAAUACACCAACAAGAUAAGCAUGUAAGAUCUUCUUGAGAGGAAUUCCAAGAUAACAUCUCAAUAUUAGUUUUCGGGAGGCAUGUUACAAGAUAAGGCAAUGCGUAGAAAAUCCAAUUAUACCGACUUUGUGUAAGGAUUAUUCAAAAGAUGUGAAAAUCAAUACCACCAGCUGAUGAAGAGAACGUAUUGAUGGGGAACAAAGAGCAGCAAAAAAACAGAUGCCAACUAUAGAGUGGUGAAAAACUUAUCGAAAGUCACCUAAUUAUCCCAUAGUGCAAUGCUCACAGAACAACUGACCAAUCGACAGGACCUUGUUCAAUCCUUAGAUUCAGAUGCAAUCCUUGAUUAUUUGCUACAGCAUGGCGUUCUCGAUGAAGCUUCCUGUGACAACAUCUUACAGGAGAAUAACCGUGAACAACGGAACACAGCUUUGUUACAUCACUUAGAGUUGAUAGGAAGUUCUGCCAUUGGUCUGUUUAUCAAUGCAUUACGACAAUCGGGACAGCUGACUCUUGCCAGCUCUUUGGAUAAACACAGAAUUAAACCAACCUAUGGCAAAGGUUAUUUAGAGAAACAAAGACACAAAGGACAGAUCACACUUAAUAUACAGGUGGAUGCUAUAAAGGCUGUUUUUCCUAAAUGGGAGGAAGGAGACUCUUUUGAGGAGAAACAUGGAGAUACUCCUGAAAAGGAGAGGAAACUUUCCUGUUUUGAUGGAUUAUUACGUACGCCGAGGCGAAUGCAUAAAUCCUAUGCAGACAUGACUUUAAUUGAUGAUCCAGAAAACUUUAUGUCGCCUAAAAGUCGUAAAAAGUUAGAUUAUUCUUAUGAAAGUGAACCGGAAACAGAUGAUGAACAGCGUAAAGGGUUCUGUUUCUGUCUCUGUGUUCCUCGCAAAAAGAAGCGACUGAAACCUUCCAACAAAACACAACAAAAAUAUGUUGACAAAAAGAAUCGUAGUGCUAAUGAUGAACUGCUCAUGAAAGUUUUGAAACAACCACAUUCAUCGCAAACACCAAUUACGUCGACUCCUAGCAGUCAAAAUAUUUAUACUGAUUACCGUCUGGUCAAGUCUGACAAAAAACAGGGAACAGGUGCUGAAACAUCUGAACAGAAAAGAACUAAAUCUCCAUUAAGGGAUAUAUCAAAUGAAAGGAGAGGUGAUUCCAAAAACAGACGGGAUUCCCCUUUUAAAAAUAAACAUGAUGCUGGAGCAUUACCCAAAAUGCAAAGCAAAACAAACAGUCAUGUGAACAAAAGUGACAAUAAAGAAAAUUCAACUUCUUCAAUGAAGAAAUCUGGAUAUAAAGGAUCAGUACAGAACUCUGAUGCUAAUAUUUCAUGUGAUUCAUUAAAGUUAGAAAACUUAGAACCAAUUGAACAUUGUGUCAUGUGGAAAAAACGCGGACCAACUUUCGAUGGCUAUGAACAAAAUUUUUAUGAUAUUCUUAAAACAAAACAUCAUUUAGAAAUAGUUAAAUAUUUUGAACAAAUACGUGGCACAUUGGUGCUUCAUAUUUAUACAGAAAACGGUUUAAUUAUCGGAACAAUAUCUAUGACCAUUGCACAGCUUAAGUCAUUGAAAAAAGAAAUAGAUAACGGUCAAAUUUUAUGUCUGUUAGAGAAAUGGUUGCUAUCUCAACAGAUCAAUGAUGAAAUCGGUGUCAGUGAAAUGAAAUUGAAAAUUGUGAUUGAUGAUAAUGAGUUUGAUUUGGCUUAUGAUGAAUUGCAGUAAACAAAACACAAUGUAAAUAGAUAUUAAAUAUGAAGUGGAUUCUUUUAUUUUAGUGGAUACCAAUUUUUCGUGGAAUGAAGAAAAAUUACAUUUUCAUGGAUAUUUAUUUUGUGGUUUUUCCAAAGUCUGCAGGUCAAAGGUACCAAUUUUUCGUGGAUUGAAGAAAAAUUACAAUUUCGUGGAUAUUUAUUUUGUGGUUUUGCCUAAGUCCGCAUAUAUACAGGCCUAUAGGAAUUUGUUAUUUGUUGGACAUUCAUGAUUUUUAAAUACUGUAAAUUCAGAAAUUAUAACGAGGUUUUUAUUAUUGUGAAUAAUGCAACUACAUGUAGGUGAGUUUUGCAUUAAUUAGAACUUGCAUUCAGAUAUCUGAUACAUACAGCAGAAUGCAGAUUUUCCUGAAAUUGCAAUAAUUAGUUUCGCAUUUUUGUCCAUUCUUCAAAAAUUGUAAUAAUAAAUGCACGCAAUUAUUUCUGAAUUUACAGUAUGUGGUUUACCUAUAGCCAAGAAAUCCACGUAAAUUGGUAUCCCACAAAUAAUAAAACCACAGUUUCCAUGGUAACUAUUAAUAUAUUGAGAGAAAAACAUGAUAGAAUUAUGUUUAAUGGUAGAUACCAUUGUUGUCCUAAAAAUUUUUUUUAUUUAAUACAGGUAAUAUAAUGUGAUUCAGUAUAAAAUUUUCUUUUUAUGAGCGAUUUGUAUAGUUAAAAAUAAAUAUACCUUAAGUCCUGCACU